AUGAGGACAUUGUGGACUCAUCCUUUAGUAGAUGCAAGCUUACGUGUUACUGUCCGUACUGAAAUUUCUUAUAACUUGCUUGAAAAAUGUCGACACUCGAUGUCAUGGGACUAUUUAAGAUUAGACUUUAUACCAUACCUUUUGUUGAGUUUGUUUUAUUGUUUUGGUAAAAAGAAAAAUUUGGACAAAGAAAGCAGCACUCCUUGUCUCCCAAAGGUGGCGAAAGGACAGGCACAGCGACUACCCGGGGUGAACUCCCCACCGGCGGUCUCAGGCCAUAAGGGCUAUGCAGACUUGACGUCAUACCCGACUUCUUCCGAUUUCUCACUGGCAUUCAAUCAAGCUACUUUGUUAGAGCAUUCCAAUAAGAGGCUUUAUAUGGGGCUAAAAGGAGCCACGUAUCAGCAUUUCCAUAGACAUUUGGAGGCUACGUUAGUGCAAAAUGAGCUAAAACACGGUGGCACCUUGUCACGCCGACAAAGAGUAAAUCGAGAUCGGGAAGAGAGCCACGUUGAACUAAUGCAUGAUUACUUCUCUAACCCUCCUUUGUAUCUACCUCGCUUCUUCCGAGCUAGGUUCUACAUGAGGCGUGAGUUGUUUGACAUGAUCAUGGAGAGAGUUGUCAAUUUCGACAAUUAUUUCACUCAAAGAUGUGACGCACCUGGAAAGCUUGGAUUUUCACCAUAUGUCAAGAUAACAGCAGCAUUCUGAAUGCUUGCAUACAGAGCAGUGGUCGAUUCCCUUGAUGAAUAUUUAAAGGUAUUAGAGACAACAACUUAAAGUCUUGCAAGAGAUUCUGUCGUGCCAUCCAUACUGUCUACGGACCAUAAUACCUUCGUAAACCAACGAAGGAUGACUUGCAAUUGAGAAAAGCUAAGGAAUGAGGGUUUCCUGUAUGCUUGGGAGUCUAGAUUGCAUGAACGAGGGUUUCAUGUACUAUGAGAUGUGAGGUCUCAUAAAAUUGACUAAUAACUUCCGAGUUACCACCUUCGAAAUGAAAAAUGGGUUUAGCAUCUUAUUUUUUGUACUUUAAUUAGUA